AUGAACCACCCGGGGAAAAUCCACCCUGGCUACUCCCCGGUCCUAGAUUGCCACACGGCCCACGUUGCCUGCAAGUUCACUAAACUAAUCCAGAAAGUGGAUCGCCGAGGAGGCAAGGUGCUUGAGGAGAAUCCAAAGUUCGUCAAGUCUGGGGAUGCUUGCAUAGUAGAACUGGUUCCUACCAAGAAGAUGGUUGUCGAGACCUUCUCAGAUUUCAGUCCUCUUGGGCGGUUCGCCGUACGCGACAUAAAGCAGACAGUCGCCGUUGGUGUGGUGUUGUCGGUAGAGAAGGAAGAAGCUUCUACCGGCAAGGUUACCAAGUCUGCCGAGAACGCAGGUGCCCAAAAGUGA